GAGAGAGGCGGAGCUUUGGGGUGCGCACGGGACCUAGGCGUCCCGGCGCCCCUCCCGCAGCCCGGGUUACCUGGGGUGGGGGGUGGGGGGCGGACCCUGCGGCCUGGCAGGCUCUCCCCCUCCCUGCCCGGGGCAGCGGGCAGCCCGGGGGAGAAGGCGUACCUCGGGAUGGAGCUAGCCCGUCCCUAACUCCGCCCCCAGGCUGGGGGGGGGGGCGGGGGUGGUGUGGCUUUGCUCGCAGAGAGCUGCCUCCAGUCACUCGUUUGUUCGGGUGGCGCUAGCUCUCCAGGCUCCCGGCCCCGCAGCCUCAGCCCACCCGGGCCAUGACACCGCCGCAGCAGUGCCCGACUCGGCGCCCUGCUCCUUGGCCGCGGCUCGCCGCGCUGCGCGCCCCUAGGGCCGGCCGCCUCCAGGACCUCCCUCUCCAGCUCUCGCUGCUGCUGCUGCUUCUCCGAGCCGCUACUCCAGCCGUGGCCGCCGCUGCCGCCGUCCCCGCAGCAGCCUCCGGCAGCCACCCCAAGACUAGCCCCCGCAUCACCGCAGCCUGGAAAGGGCAGGAGAGCUAUAGUUUCCCACAGCCUGAGCCCCACACAGUGCUGUACCACGAGCCGGGCAGUGAUUCUGUCGUGGUGGGAGGACGAGGGAAGCUCUACCAUUUUGAUUUCAUCCAGGGGAGAAAUGCCUCAAUAAAGACGAUGGACAUCAGUCCCAAUAAAGCAUUCUGCCAGAAUCAAUUGGACUGUGAGAACUACAUCACCCUUUUGGAGAAGCAGAGAGAAGGGCUGCUCAUCUGUGGGACUAAUGCUCGCCACCCUAGCUGCUGGAAUUUGAGUAACAGUACCAUCUCUCUGCUGGGGGAAAGACGAGGCUAUGCUCCAUUCACUCCAGAUGAGAAUUCCCUCGUCUUGUUCAGUGAUGACCAGGUCUACUCCACCAUCAGAAAGCAGGAAUACAAUGGCAAGAUCCCAAGGUUCCGGCGCAUUGGAGGAGAGCGGGAAUUAUAUACCAGUGACAUGGUCAUGCAGAACCCGCAGUUCAUUAAGGCCACCAUCAUCCAGCAAGACGAAGCCUACAAUGACAAAAUCUACUAUUUUUUCCGUGAGAACAAUCCUGACAAGAACCCUGAGGCCCCCAUGAACGUCUCCAGGGUGGCCCAACUGUGUAAGGGUGACCAGGGUGGUGUGAGCUCUAUGUCUGCCUCCAAGUGGAACACUUUCCUGAAGGCCAUGCUGGUGUGCAGUGACCCGGCCACCAACAAAAACUUCAACUGGCUGCAGGAUAUCUUCCUGGUCCCUAAUGCCACAGGAGACUGGCGCUCCACAAGGGUUUAUGGUGUCUUCUCCAACCCCUGGAACUAUUCGGCCAUCUGUGUGUACUCCAUUGGUGACAUAGACCGUAUCUUUCGUACAUCCCCUCUCAAAGGCUACAGUGGGACACUCCCCAACCCACGACCGGGCAAGUGCCUCCCUGACCAACAGCUGACACCCACUGAAACAUUCCAGGUGGCUGACAGUCACCCUGAGGUGGCUCAAAGGGUGGAACCCUUUGGGGCCAAGAAAACACCCCUCUUCCAUUCGAAAUAUCACUACAAGAAAGUCCUGGUGCACCAAAUGCAGUCCAGGAAUGGGUCCACCUUUGAUGUUCUCUACCUGGCCACAGACAAAGGAACAAUCCAUAAGGUGGUGGAGUCAGAUCAUGGUGCCUUUAAUAUCAUGGAAAUCCAGCCGUUCCGUCACCAUCCGGCCAUCAUCCAGUCCAUGACCCUGGACAGUACUACGAUGAAACUGUAUGUGAACUCUCAGUGGGAGGUCAGCCAGGUGCCCCUGGACCUAUGCAGCGAGUACCGAGGGGGCUGCCAGGGUUGCCUGAUGGCCCGGGACCCUUACUGCGGCUGGGAUGACACUAAUGGCCAAUGUGUUUCCAUCUAUAAGUAUAAAGGCCCUGUGUUACAGUCUCUGGGUCCCAAUGAGCCACAUACAGAGUGCCCAUCAUCUAAAUUGGAGAAGGGCUCUGGCGAGGCGCAGAGCGUCACUCUGGCUCGGAAUUCCCGCUACUAUCUGACCUGCCCUGUGGAAUCCCACCACGCCACGUACUCUUGGCACCACGGAGACAAGAAGGUGCAUCGCUGUGAGCCUGGCUGGCAGAACUCUGACUGCAUCCUUUUCAUCGAGCGGCUCACCGACGAGCAGUAUGGCCUGUACCGUUGUAAGGCUGAGGAGGGCUCCUACAGUCGCAUCGCCGUUCAGUGGGAGCUCCGCAAGGAAGCCACCGCCGAGCACCUGCUGAUGGGCAAUGAUGCUGGGGGCCUCGAUGCCCCGGUCUGUCUCAGGCUGCUGUUUGCUCUGGUUGUUUUCCUCCUAUUUCAAUAAGGAUCCCUCCCCUCGACCCCCUUCCCAGCACCUCCUCCUUCUCAGGAUGUGGGCCGUCGUGGCUUGCUCCUUCCCUCUUCUGACACUUUUGGGGAGACACCCUUUGCCCCCCACCCCUCCAGGUGCCUCUCACAACUGCUACAGGCCCAAGCCUUGCCUUUACCCCUGGGGGCUAGGGCUAGGGGAGCAAAGAGCUUCUCCCCCACUUUUUUCAGGGGAAUGAACAUUUCUGAGCCAUAGGUCUGCUUGGGAGGCAUGGUGGGGUGGGGGGGAAGGACUUGGGACUUAAGGAGAAGGCCGGUCUUGGGUGCACAUGGGCGCUGGGCUGCCCAAUGAUGGUGGUGGGGGGCACAGGGAGGUGAUGAAUGUAGGGGAUGAGAAAAACCAAUGAAGGAACAAGACUGCAAGGGGGUUACGGAGUGUACCCCAGGACAUUAUCCCUUUAAGAAUGUUUGAAAGAAAGAAAAAAGCAAUUUUUCACUCAAGGGAAGACAUCUUCUGGGGGUCCCAAUGGUGGAAAGUGAGGAAACAUCCACCAGAAGAGAAUGGAGGUGAUGCAGGGAAAAGAGCUGGGGCUGGAGGAGACAAAUAUUCUCCCCUAAGGGCCAAGGGGAAGAGUUUGCCAAAGGUGAAUCUUACUGGGAAACUAUUGACUCUAUGCAUUGACUAUGUAUGGGUGUGGGGUGGGAAGGGAAUGGGCAGAAGGCCCGGCCUUGCCCUACCUCCAGGGUCCUCCUGUGCCCUCGCUGCCAGAGCCCACCUGGGAUCCCUCUUGCUCUUGCCCACAUCUCUGGGCAGACCCUUUACCAAUGGGCCCAGGCAAGCCUACCUAAGGGAGUUGGGGCUGUCCAGAUGUCCUGGGUGGAUCCCUUCCCCUUUGGCUUGGGGAAGGGGAGGACCUUUGAAGCUUGCAUGUUUAUCUAGGGAUGUUUCCUUUCCUGCAGGAAAGGGCUUUAUUUGUAUUUGUUUAGCUUAUUUUAAGUUUGACAAACUUCCGACUGCAUCCAAAUGAAUCUUAACAAUGAUGGGAAGGGUGGGGGUGGGAGUGGGGUACCCGGGGUUGGAAUCCUAGUCCAGAGAUGGCUUAGUUUAGGGGGAGAGGGAGGGAGGGAGAGGGUGGGGACUGAGGGGAGAAGGACUGUCUGCUGGGACCUCCGAGGAGGCCUUGAGGAAGACUUCCAGGGGCCUGAGCUGUCUGAAAGGCUGACCCUUUCUCCCCAGCCUGGGAGAGGGAGGAAUUGGGAUCAGGCUCAAAGAAGCGGAAGACAGUUCCCAACCCCAAGGAGCCACCUGAUGGGAGAAAUCCUUCAGGCCAGCUCUGGAGUCCCCCCAGAAUGGCAGUUCUUGGGAUAGGUAUUCCUCAUGAGUUGGGGGAGUUGGGGGGGGGGGAGAAGAUUGGGGGGGAGGGUAAGAAUGAAGGAAUAUAAUUGGUUCAAAUUUCAUGGUGUUCAUUUUGAAGGGGUUUGGUCCUCAUGGGUAAUGAGGGCCUGGGCCUCUGUUGGCCUUUGGAGUUGAGGGUUGGGGGCCGGAGGGGGAGCAUCCCAUUCUAAUCCCCUCUGGCAUCCCCUCCCCAAGGGCUGUGCUUCCAUCCGGAUUCAUGCCUUCAGCUCAGGUCAUAUAACUUAGGAUAAACUGUGAAUCCCAGAAGGAGCUCAUCCUGGGGCUGUGAAGGCCAGAGCACCCACUCCCCAGGGCUUUGGAGCAGGGGGUCUCAGUGCCCUUGGUCUGUCAUUUCAGUAGCAAGCCCAGGCAACCUUCUUCCUCUGUGCCCCACGGGGCCUGGCCCGGGAAUCUGGCAACCUUGGGUCUGCUAUGUCUCUUCCUGAUGCACUUUAAUAAUGUAACAUAUUACUAAUAAACAAGCUAUUUAUUUA